AAGCAGCUGUCCCAGAGCUGAUAGGUGUCCUUCGAAGGCGCUCGGGCAGCUGGCUCCCAAUUCCUUUGUGGCUGAUCCUUUGCUCGCCCACCUGUCCUAGUGAAACUGGAAAGGCCUUGGCGCCACCAUUGAUCCUUCCUACCUAAAAAAACAACAUACAAUUUGAGACAAUACAGUUAAGCUCAACAACAAAAAUUACGUAAUUUAUCAGUUUCAAAAGAAUGCACGCACAAUAUUCUGUAAACACAAUUGUAAUAUGGUUUCCAUUUAGAUAAACUAAUAAAUAAUUUAUUAUCUAGCAUGUUUUAUGGUUAGAUAUUGGGGGAUCGAAUUAUUGGCACAGCAUAAACCUGUCGUUCGACGGAGCGGCGAGACGUUUUGAAAAUACCAAAAUGACAGAGAUCGCGAUGCCGGAGUCUUCGUUGAAACAGAAAUGUCGGGAAUGUGUUAAAGGCUACAAUUUGUUGAAGACCCUAGUCAUUGUUGUUUGCUUGGGAGUUGUUUUGCAACAGAUAUCGACCUGCAUACAGAAGUUGUUCGUGGACAUACCUAUAACAACGUACACCCAUUUCGAUUUCAACAAAACAAUAUUGUACCCAAGCCUGACGUUCUGCCGGGAGCCACCGUAUAAAUUCCAGAAGUUAUUGGAUCACGGUCUACAUGCUCACCCGCGCUUCACAUCCACCUGGGUGUCCUUCAAUUUCUCUAGUAUUACUCUGGACGAUCUCUGGGAUGAGAUCACAUACACAGACGACGAAAUGUUCGUGCAGUACGGACUAAAUGGAGAUCCACAAAAUGUAGAGUUAAAACCAAUGCUCGGUUUCGCAAUGGGUCGCUGUUACACUAUGAACCCAAAGAUCUUGAGCACUCAAGCAACCAAAACUACCGGGUACUCCGUGACCUUAAGGCACAGCGCUGAAGACGUGGCCACCAGCACCAGCGUCCACCCCCCAGGAUACCACGUUCACGUCCACUACAUACGAGAACCGUAUACUGAAGUGGAAGUUUACAAUGGAGGUCUGGUGGACCAUCUUUACGUGAACGUCGGUGAGACCAUGGAUGUGAAGUUGAAGGUCGAUGAAUACGUCAUGAUCAGCAGUGAAGAUGAUCUUUGUACUUAUGACGACCAUUACAGUGCCAAUGUUUGCACCGCACAAUUCGUCUGGGACGAAACCGGAGCUGAGGCUGGCUGCUCCGGACCCUGGAUGGAAAGCAACCUGCCGCGCUGUGAUAACUUUACAUCCAUGAGGACUCUCAUCUCUGCCUACAUCAAGUCGUACAAUGGUCACAACUGCGUGGUCUGUCCCCGGUUUUGCCGUUCAUAUCUCUACAACACGUACGUGACUGCCCGUCAGAGCUUGUACUCCUGGGACUCGACCGGAAACCAGUGGAAAGCCAAGUCGGGAGACGCAACUCUCCAGAUCCAGCUGUACCUGUAUUUCAACAGCAUGAUGGUGUCAGUAUACGAGGAGCGAUACAAUUACGACUGGAACCUGUUCUUGUCAGAUCUUGGCGGUAGUAUUGGUUUUCUUCUCGGCCUAUCCGUGAUUGGCAUUAUGGACGUUCUCGGCAAAGGCUGGUGCCUCUUCAUCAAGCCUUGCUUUAAGAAGGCCAAGUCGCAAGCCAGCAACGUUCCUACGGUCGCGGAAGAUUCUGGAAGGCAUGCGCAGUGCCCCGCGCCAAACAACUGGAACAAGAAAACCGGCGAAUGAUUCAGGCUGAUUUAAACAAAUAUUUUUCGCUUAAAUGCUCUUUGAAUAACUUGUAAAUAAAGCUUUGGUUGCUGUUUUCUGCUGCUCUAUGUCA